AUGAAUCUUUUAGUCCUUCUUGCCUUUAUCCAACUAGCAGCAGCUUUGCCAUUGAUUGAGAACCUCAGAGUCCUCUUUGGCAAUGAUCCCUUCAGCUACGACCCUGAGAUUCUUGCCAUUUGGAACGACUUGGAGUUACUAGAAAAGACCCAGCUAGACCAUGCUAUUUAUUCCUUCAUGAAAGAGAAACCGAUCAAAAACAAAAAGAGCCCCACCAUGACACACGUAUGGGACUCUACUGUCACAAUUACUAGUUUUGAAGAUUACUCGUUAAGAGUCAAGAAAACAAAUCCCAAAAUACUCGGCAUCGACAAAGUCGAUCAGUACGCUGGUUAUUUAGAUAUUAUCUCUGAGGAUAAACAUUUUUUCUAUUGGUUUUUCGAGAGCAGAAACGACCCUGAAAACGAACCUUUGAUUUUAUGUGUUAUUUUCCUUGAGCAACCAAUUGGAGUUGGCUAUUCCUAUUCAAAUACUUCAAAACCUGUUGGAACUACAGACGCUGCAGCUUCUGAUGUUUAUGCAUUUUUGGAGUUAUUUUUCAAAGCAUUCCCUAAAUUCCGUAACAACAAAUUUCAUAUUGCUGGUGAAUCAUAUGGUGGCCAUUAUAUUCCAAGGUUUGCUUCUGAGAUAAUUAACCAUCCCGAUAGAUCCUUUGAGUUGACAUCUAUUAUGGUUGGAAAUGGUAUCACUGACCCAUUGUCUCAAUUUGGUUACUAUGAACCAAUGGCUUGUGGUCGAGGUGGCCAUCCUCCUGUUAUUUCUGAGAGAGAAUGUGAAGAUAUGAGAGACGCAUAUCCAAGAUGUGCCAAACUAAUUGAGGCCUGUUAUAAAACUGAUAGUGCAUUUGUUUGUAUUCCUGCAGGAAUUUAUUGUGAAAGAAAAAUGUUUUCGGCUUUUGAAAAAACUGGAUUGAAUGUGUAUGAUAUUCGAAAAAAAUGCGAUCCAGAUACGGAAUUAUGUUAUAAAGAUUUGGAUUAUGUUGAUGCUUAUAUGAAUCUCGAUUACGUCAAGCAAUCACUAGGUGCUGAAGUUGAUAACUAUGUUGGUUGCAGUUCCAAAGUUGGCACUCAAUUUGCUCUUACUGGAGAUGGAAUGAAACCAUUUCAUCAAUAUAUUUCUGAGCUAUUGGAAAAAGGAUACCCAGUAUUACUUUAUGCUGGAGACAAAGACUACAUUUGCAAUUGGUUAGGCAAUUACGGUUGGUCUGAUGAAUUAGAAUAUAUUUAUCAUGAUAAAUUCACCUCUUCUCCAAUGUUGCCAUAUGUAACCUUAGAAGACAAAUUUACCGGUUACGUUAGAAAUUAUGGUGAUUUUACAUUUUUAAGAGUUUUUGAUGCUGGACAUAUGGUUCCUUAUGAUCAACCAGUUAAUGCAUUAGAUAUGGUUAACCGAUGGAUUAAUGGGGAUUACUCUUUUGGAUAUUAA